GGUGCAAAUAAACCACUAUGUCACGAGAUCCGACGAAUAGGCUGCAUCUGCCCAUGAAAUGAAAAGCUCCAGCUCCAAUUCUCCACAGGCCGGUUUAACUGCUGAUCGUGCGAGUCAGACUUCUCCAUCUUCAUAGGGAAACAAUCUUCCAGCGAGUUAGCGAUCAAUAUAUGUGCCAUGCGGUUGUAGGACUCGCCAUAGACCUCCUACCUACACAGUGGUACGCAGCAUACUCACCAAGGUCCGCGGUAGCCUCGAUUGAAGCUUCGCCACCAACAACGAUGUCAACUCUAUCGACGACAGUGGCGGUGCUUGCCACGAUAUCAUUACUUCUUUGUGCCCGAUGGGUUUCCUCGAAGAAAAGUUUGAAUGGAAUGUCAAGACAAGAUAUCCUGGAUAUGCUCCUGAUCAACUCAACCUACAACCCACGGAUAUCUCCCGACUAUGAAGAAGAUCACGCCACGACAGUUGGAGUGCAGGUGUAUGUGCUGAGUAUAGACUCCGUCAACGAGCAAUCCAUGGAUUAUUCUCUCAACGUAUAUCUGAGGCAAAGAUGGGUGGACCCUAGACUGCAGUACAUCAACUUCUCGAAGACGGAUUGGCUGGAGCUGGAUACAAAGAUCAUGCAGAAAGUGUGGGUGCCGGAUACGUUCUUCAGGAACGAGAAGAAAGGAGCCUUCCACGAAGUCACUGUGCCAAACAGACUGAUGCACCUCUACCGGAACGGCACGAUAUACUACAGUAUGAGGUUGUCCAUCACACUGAGCUGCCACAUGCGUCUGGAGAAAUACCCCCUGGAUGUACAAAAGUGUCCAAUCCUCAUCGCCAGCUACGGCUAUACCAUGGAGAACAUAGUGUACGACUGGGUGCAGCACAAACCGGUGGACUUCAACGACAAUCUGGAGUUGCCCCAAUACACUCUGCAAGAACAUAACCUUGGAAACUGCACCAAGACUUACAAAGAAACCGGCAGCUUUUCCUGCGUACGAGCAGAUUUUAUCCUUAAACGUGACGUCGGCUUUUACAUCAUCCAAGUGUACGUCCCGAGCAUUCUCAUCGUCAUCCUCUCCUGGGUCUCCUUCUGGCUCGACAUCGAAGCUAUCCCUGCUCGAAUUUCAUUGGGCGUCCUGACUGUGCUUACCAUGACAACGCAGAGUUCCGGUGCACGUGCGUCCUUGCCCCGAGUGUCGUAUGUGAAGGCCAUCGACGUCUGGAUGUCGACUUGCCUGUUUUUUGUGUUCGCGUCCCUGUUGGAGUUCGCCUACAUCAACGUAUUAGCAAGAAGGCGCAUGCCUUGGAAAUGCUUCGGAUUUUCUUCGGCGAAGACAGACGAGAGUAUCGCUCUAAACGGGACUGGAGUUGAUGCAACGGAGAAGACUGACGUGACCCGGAUGUUCGGCAAGAUGGGAGCGCGGUAUGUGGAUCGGUUGGCUCGUUACGGAUUCCCAGCAGCCUUCAUCCUGUUCAACCUGGGGUACUGGUUAAUCUACGUCUUUGUCGAAAUGUAGACUUUAGUCGAAGGUCUUUGUCGAGAUGCAGGUUAGUUUGUGUGACUCACGAUUCCAAUGUCAAAGACAAAGCAUGCCAGUGUAUACAUUCACACAUGCACCUACAGAGGUCGUACCAAUGGAGGAGACACCAUUUGGAAUUCUUCUCUCAUUCAAAGGAAUGUGCCAAACACAACGCAUUCUGAAAAUAAUCUGAUGUUGGUACUUCUGGAGGGUGUGUGUAAUCUUGUAGCUAAGGAUGAUUUUUCCUUAACACCUGAGAAACACCUACACAUGUACUACAAUAUCCAUAAAUGGCAGCGACAUGCAGUACGAAACGCCAUUGCCACACAAACAUGGAGAAGUUUUCACGUGGGCAUUAUUAGACUUGGCCGUCUUGCGAACACAUACCGUUGUCUUGCUGUGUAGGCAAGUGUCAGUAGAAGUACGGACAGACAUAUUUUGCUCAAGAAUCCAGAAUCAAAACCAUACAUUUCUGUUCCGUGUUUUUAAACUUGUUGAAGUGGGGUGUGUGGUUAUGCUGACAAUGGCGGUUGCGGUGACGUGGUGUGUGGAAUGAAGCUAAAGAGGCCGACGGUGGCUGCUUCCAUCUCUGUAGUGAGAAUGGAAAAGGAAAAGACAAACGUUAACGGGUUGCCAGAGUGAUCAAAACAUCGAACACGUUGACAUUGCCAAAUGUUUCUCACAGAAACUGGAGUAGGCUAGAAAUGGAGCGCAAUAAUUGUUGAUUGGAAUACAUUUCGCACAGUG